UUCAGUUCUUUGGAUUGCCCGAGGGUCCUUUACUCGUUUGUGAUUGCUGUCUUUCUUAGCUCCCGCUAGUGAAACAAAUGUUGUGAAGCGAAAUUCAUAUACUCGAUAAAUAUAUUUCAAUCGGGCUACCCGACACCAGGAAGACCCACCUGCAGUUAAACCAAAGAAAUGACAGCCCCAGCAGCUCAAUUGUCAUCCUCGCAGCGCAUUCGUGACAAUCAACGGCGGUCGCGCGCACGCCGCAAAGAAUACCUCCAGGAUCUUGAGCAACGUCUGCGCAGGUUUGAGCUCCUCGGAGUCCAAGCCACACAAGAAGUGCAAGCUGCGGGGCGUAAGCUGGCCAUAGAAAACGCUCAUCUCCGAUCGCUACUGAGACUCCACGGGGUUUCAGACCAGCAGGUCCAGGCGUAUUUGACCGACCAGUCGACUCAUCUUAAUCCUCCAACAUGUCGCCCAGAAGCGUUUAGCGAAGCGCGAUCGUCGGCGAGAAAAUGCUUGCCUUCAACUUUAGGUAGUGGCGGGGAAUCACCACGAAGUGUAUCAAGCCUGAAUAACACAAGCUCGUCGGGGAAAAUCACGAGCACUUUAGCACCGUCGAGCCCAGCAGCCCACCAGCAGAGGGCCUUGUCCGAUGAUCAACCUUUGGACAGAGAGCUGCCUGCUACUAUUGAUGAUUCCCGUUACGAUAGCUCUGAGUGGUCUCCGACGAGUAGGUAUCAGAGCGUAGGACAGUCUACUCCAUGCGAAACCGCUGCCGGGAUCAUCAAGUCUAUGCGCAGCUACUACGAUGCGCAGGACAUACGGUCGGAACUCGGGUGCCAGUCGGACACCAACUGCAUGGUGCGGAACAUGGAUAUAUUUCGACUACUAGAUGAAGUAUGA